GUUUCUUUUAGCAAGGAACAUACUUUGUACAUCUGAGAAAAAAUUAAAAUUUACCAAUUAAAUUUGUUCAAUACAAAUUUUACUUUACAAUAAUGAAUUUAAUUACAGCCAUCAAAUUGUACGUGGAAAAAAUGUGUAAUGAAUCAGGGCCUGGAAUGAAGACUAUUUUGCUGGACAAAGAGACGACAAGUAUAAUAUCAAUGGCUUUCAGCCAAUCGGACAUGCUUCAACGGGAGGUCUAUUUAUUCGAACGUCUUGAUUCAGGUCGUUCUAAUGAGCGCAUGAAAAAUCUUAAAUGCAUUGUUUUUAUUAGGCCUACUAAACAAAACAUACAGCUGUUAGCCGAUGAACUCCGCAGUCCCAAAUAUGGUGCAUAUUUUAUUUAUUUCAGUAACAUCAUUCCACGCACUGACAUUAAAUUUCUAGCCGAGUGCGAUGAAAGCGAAUCAGUACGCGAAGUGAAAGAAGUAUACGCAGACUAUCUGUGUGUAAAUCCAAAUUUGUUUUCACUCAACAUAAAUAGUAGUAUGCAUCGCCUAAAUUGGCUGCCCGACGCGCUUGGUCGCACAGUACAAGGCGUGUUAGCCGUAUUAUUAUCUCUUAAACUCAAUCCGGUUAUACGAUAUCGCGCUGGUUCAGUUGUAUCACAAACAUUGGCAAAGCAAAUAUACGAGCAAAUUUGCAAGGAGUCGAGUCUUUUCGAUUUUUCACGCACCCAUGAGAAUGGCGCAGCACCACCAUUGCUGCUUAUAUUAGAUCGUCGUGACGAUCCUGUUACGCCGUUGUUGCAUCAAUGGACCUAUCAAGCAAUGGUUCAUGAACUAUUAAACAUACAUAACAACCGCGUUGAUCUCUCCAACAUACCGGGUAUACCGAAAGAUUAUAGAGAGCUCGUUUUAUCCGGUGAUCAGGAUGAGUUUUAUGGCAAUAAUAUGUACGCAAAUUUCGGUGAAAUAGGUUCUACAAUCAAAAACUUAAUGGAGGAGUUUCAGCGUAAAGCUAAGGAUCAUAAAAAAGUGGAAAGUAUAGCUGACAUGAAGAAUUUCAUUGAGACAUAUCCACAGUUCAAAAAAAUGUCUGGUACGGUACAAAAACAUCUCUGCAUAAUGGGGGAAUUGUCAGCACUAACCACUAAAAGGAACCUUUUCGAAGUAUCCGAAUUGGAGCAGGAAGUUGCCUGUAAAGCGGAACAUUCGGCACAGUUACAGCGUAUACGCAAAAUUAUAGCCGAUGAACGCAUAUCAGUCGAUGAUGCUAUCAAAUUAGUGGCACUUUAUGCUUUGCGUUAUGAACGACACGCCAAUUGUGAUACAUCUAGUUUAUUGCAAAUUAUUAAAACACGUGGUGGGAAAACAGCAAUCGUUCCUAGUUUAAUUGAAUAUGCUGGUACGCAUAUGAGGCAGGGAGAAAUAUUCAACUUGGUGCGCAUAUCCGAUGCCGUCAAACUAACCCGAAAUUUAAUUAAGGGCCUAAAGGGCGUGGAAAACGUGUUCACACAACAUACACCACUGCUCAAAGAAACUUUGGAGGAAGUUUUCAAGGGUCGUGAACUGGAUCCCAUGUACCCGGCCAUCAAUUCUGAGCUUGUGCCAUUCCGUCGUCCACCGCAAGAGGUGGUGGUGUUCAUCAUUGGCGGUGCAACUUAUGAAGAAGCCCUUGCAGUACAUCAGCUUAAUAAUGUCGGUUACAAAGUGAUAUUGGGUGGCACCACAAUACACAAUUCAGAAAGUUUCAUAAAUGAGGUUUUGAACGCCACCGAUGGUAUGCAAUUUAAACACACGAAAACAAUGUUAAAAUACAUUUCCAGUGAUAACUAUUAAAUUAUUUUGUUGGACCCUCCAAAAGGCUGUAUAUAAUUCUGUUCUAUGUAUGUAUGUGCAAGCAUAUAUAAACAUGUAUUUAUUAAUUCUAUAAUAUUCCUUUAUAUGCUAUAUACAAUUUAUGUAUGACUUGUAAUCUUAUUAGUUAUACGUACUAUUUAUUAACCUACUGUAAGAUUGA